AUGGCUAAUGAAUGGGAGCUGUGGACGUUAAGUUCUCAAAUUUAUGUUCUAGAUGAAGGAGAACAGGAGUUGAAAGACUUUGGAACACCAAUACAAGACGAUACAUGCAGCAGCAUUGCUGAAUUCCUGAAACUUAUUGGAUUAGAAAAAUGUUACCCAAAUAAUUUACAAUUAAUGGAUGCAUUGAAGAUUCGGACUCCAACAACGUCUCCUGAGCUGAAAGAUAUUGCCUUAAAAUUUGUUGAAAAUAUUGUUAUGGUAAAUUGUAAUUGUAGAGAUCAAAUGCUUCAAGAUCUUAUGAAUAACAAGUUUAAUACUACGGAUGAUAAUAGGGAUGAUGAAGAAGCGAUGUAUAGCUUAGAAAAUAUUUUAAAUGACACAGAAGAUGAAAAUGAAGCUGAAAUAAACCCGCUUGACAUCCUGCUUGUCCUCUUUAAAUGUAGUAGCCCAAUGCUUAAACAAAUAAUUACUAAUAAACUGUUCAUGUGUAAACUUGCUAUUCCGUUUAUCCUUCCUAAUUUUAAAAAUGAACCUAUAGAGAUAUGUUUAUGGCCAUUUCGGUCAAUUAUUUUAGAAAGUAAAGUACACAAGGGUUCAAUCCAAGAUAUGUCUGUAGAAUGCGCAUGUGAAAUUGUCUCUUUUGUUCGAAUAGGUCGUCCUUCCGUAUCAAAAUCGAAACUAGUGAAUGAAGUUCUUAACGAUCAGUACCACAAUACAUUUUCAAAUAGGGACUGCCCACUUGGGACAUCAAGACGAAAAAUAAGCGACGGAAUUGUAGAAGCUACUUGGUACAUUCCUUCAAACAAAUUAGCAGUUCUUAAAAAUAUAUCAAUGUUUCUCAAUUUGAGAGGCGAUGCUUUAGAACAUGAUGCACAACUUCAUGGGGUGUCACAGAUAACAGAUAUUUUAGUAAUGGUGCUAGAUAUCAAUAAUCUCGAAGACAAAUCAUUUAUGGUUUUUCUGAAAGAAAUGUUAAAUAGUUCAAAAUGUGUUCUGUUAGCAAUUAAUGCAUUUCAAAAUAACAGAAAAGAUGUUCGAGAAAGAAUUAAAAAUUUUACAAAAACAAUUGCAAACUAUCGACGACUAGUCAAUAUCUGUAUAUUGUCGAAGGAUGGACAAAUGAGAAGUUCUUUUAACACUAAAACUGAAAUGAGAAAGGCAAUUGCAGCAAUGAUGAAGGAAAAUGUAGACGAGUCCGUAUACAGUAGGAUAUCAAAAUGUAAACUAAAGGUAGACGAGGACGAUGUUAUUUACAGAAAUGCGAGACAAAACGCAUUAAAUGUUUUAAAGCAUUUCCAAAAGAAAAAUCGAAAGAGACAGUAG